AUGGAGUGGUGGCUGCGCAAUAACAGAACAAAAUACAUCAAGGAUAUUCUCCUUGAUGAUGGUAUGGAGGAUUGCAUUGCUGCUCCUGCCCCUCUUUCUUGUGGUUUAAAACUAACCACUGAUGAAGGUGUUUUACUCACUGAGCCUGAUGUAUACAGAAGAUUGGUGGGGAGAUUGUUGUAUCUCAGCAUCACAAGACCAGAUUUGUCUUAUUCAGUCCAACACCUUAGUCUAUUUGUGAAUUCUCCCAGGGUUCCUCACUUAAGGGCAGCUCUCCAUGUCCUCAAAUACUUAAAAGGAACUAUUGAUGAAGGCUUAUGGUACUCUGCUGUUUCCACAACUCAUCUGUCUGCAUACAGUGAUGUUGACUGGAGUUCAUGUCAGUACAGCAGCAGGUCACUUAGUGCUUAUGCUAUAUUUCUUGGCAAGAAUUUGAUUUCCUGGAAAACUAAAAAGCAGCGAAGUGUAAGCAAAUCCUCUGCUGAGGCUGAAUACAGAAGUAUGUCAGCUACAACCAGUGAACUUGUUUGGAUUCAAGGGCUUCUUGAGGAUUUACAAGUUACUAUUUCUUUGCCUGUGCCUCUAUAUUGUGACAACACUUCUGCUGAGCAUCUAGCCAAGAAUCCUAUGUUUCAUGAUAAAACUAAAAACCUCAAAAGGGAUAUGCACUAUGUUAGAUAA